UCGCUCAACAAACAUGUCUGAGAGCCGGCGAACCAUGCACAGAGACUAUCCUAAUCCAAAAAUUAGUACAAGACAUGCAUAGACAGCCUGAUACACUCUUAUCGCUUUUAUCCCGGUUUUUCCCUCCAAAUUCUCCCUCAUCCUCUCAGCCUGCCAACAGCACUGAGCCAGAAUUCUGCGAUACACAUGGCAGCCCUGCGCAUUGCAUCUGCUUGUCUUAGGCAAACCGCCCUCUGGUCUGUCCCACCCCGAACCCCUCUUUGCAGGCGGUGGCUGGCGACGGCCAGAUCUCCUGCCUCCCUCUUCGAGUCGCUCGACACUUUCACAGAUAGGCACAUAGGUCCUGAUGACAGCGAAACUGCCUUUAUGCUGUCGCAGCUGGGCUACGACUCAAUGGAUGAAUUCCUCAAUGCGACUGUUCCCCCAAUGAUUCGCAUUACCAGCACUACUAUCAGUGAUAGUUCCAUGCCCGCUCUGAGUGAAUCGGAACUUCAAGCUCGUGCCAAGUUACUCGGUAACAAUAACUCCAAGUUCAAGAGUUACAUCGGAAUGGGAUACCAUAAUGCAGUAGUACCCCCAGUCAUACUUCGCAACGUCAUAGAGAACCCUGCCUGGUAUACUCCAUACACUCCAUAUCAGCCGGAGAUCGCUCAAGGUCGUCUGGAGUCUCUAGUCAAUUACCAGACCAUGAUCAUGUCGCUGACGGCUAUGGACAUUGCCAACGCGUCCCUCUUGGACGAGGCAACAGCGGCCGCCGAAGGAAUGGUUAUGGCAUACGUCAAUUCUAACCAAAAAAGGAAGACUUUUUUUGUAGACCGGGGAGUUCUUCCGCAGACUAUUGCUGUCCUGCGGACACGUGCCAAAGGUUUCGGCAUCCAAUUGGUCGUCGGGGACGCCAUCACCGCACUCAACGACGAUAUUGUACGCGCAGACCUUUGUGGUGUUCUGCUUCAAUAUCCCGACGUUAAUGGUCGGGUCACUGACUAUGCAGCGCUCACUAAAGAGGUGCAUGCGACGGGGGCGUUGCUUGUCUGUGCUACAGAUUUACUUGCUUUGACACUAUUGACCCCUCCUGGCGAAUGGGGGUGCGAUAUCGCCCUCGGAAACUCUGCACGUUUUGGUGUUCCAGCUGGGUAUGGCGGCCCCCACGGCGCUUUCUUUGCCGUGACGGAAAGUUUGAAGAGGAAGAUGCCUGGAAGGUUGAUAGGGCGUAGCAGAGAUACCCUGGGCAACCCAGCAUACAGACUGGCAUUGCAAACUCGAGAACAACAUAUCCGUCGUGAAAAGGCUACUAGUAACAUCUGUACCAGUCAAGCCCUUCUCGCGAAUAUGGCGGCUAUGUACGCCGUCUACCACGGUCCCGUCGGCCUCACUCGCAUAGCAAAGAAAGUCCACUUCUUUACUCAGCUCCUCAAGAUUGCUGUCGAACGGCUUGGGUUCAAGGUUGUCAACGACACGUUCUUCGACACUCUAACAAUAGAUGUGUCCUCCGUGUGCAAGAACGCAGAAGUUGUCCACGCUGCAGCUGCUCUAAAGCAUAUCAAUCUGCGUAGGAUCGACGGUUCACGCGUUGGCGUCACCCUGGAUGAGUCAGUAUCACGGGACGACCUGAAUGUCCUUGCGAAUAUUUUUGCUACCUCGGCGUCUAGAACUUGUGACUCCCUCGCAGACCUCCCACAGCCAGUGAGCCCUGGGUACCCCGAGCCCCUCGCUCGCUCCUCAGAGUUUUUACCCCAUCCUGUUUUCAACAAACACCAUUCAGAAACGGAGAUGCUGAGAUAUAUAUUCCAUCUCGCAUCCAAGGAUUUAUCCCUUGUCCAUGCAAUGAUCCCGUUGGGUAGCUGCACGAUGAAGCUUAACAGCACUUCGAGCAUGAUUCCUCUCACGUGGCCUGAGUUCAGUAAUGUGCAUCCAUUUGCCCCGAUUAAUCAAGUCAAGGGCUAUAAGCAAAUUAUUGAGGAACUCGAGGCCGAUCUUUGCAGGAUUACCGGAUUUCAUGCGUGCUCUGUCCAGCCUAAUUCCGGUGCAGCGGGCGAAUACACAGGUUUGACAGUGAUACGGGCAUAUCAUGAAUCUCGUGGCGAGGGUCACCGGGACAUCUGUCUGAUUCCUCUGAGCGCGCACGGUACUAACCCUGCUUCGGCCGUAAUGGCUGGUUUGAAUGUUGUUGCAGUCAAGACUCACGCCGACGGUAACCUUGACCUUGCAGACUUGAAAGAGAAAUCAGAAAAGCACAAAGACAAUUUAGCGGCGUUUAUGAUCACGUAUCCUUCAACGUUUGGCGUUUUUGAGGACGGUGUUACUGAGGCUUGCAAGAUCAUUCAUGAACAUGGUGGUCAGGUUUAUCUGGAUGGCGCAAACCUCAAUGCUCAGGUUGGUUUGACAAACCCCGCAGUAUGCGGUGGAGAUGUCUGCCAUCUUAACCUUCACAAGACAUUCGCAAUUCCCCACGGAGGCGGUGGCCCCGGAGUAGGGCCCAUUUGCGUUGGCAAGCAUCUUGCACCAUUCCUUCCCAGGCACCCUCUGGUCGAGACUGGCGGCUCCAAGGCCAUCGAUGCCGUUUCUGCUGGACCGUUUGGUAGUGCAUCGAUUCUACUCAUUUCUUGGGCUUAUAUCAAAAUGCUGGGCGGAGACGGUCUCUCCCAAUCGACUAACGUCGCAUUGCUCAACGCCAACUAUAUGGCAAGCCGCCUCACGGGACACUAUACGUUGCGAUUCAAGAACAGGAACGGCCGCGUUGCUCACGAGUUGCUGAUCGAUCUCGCUGAGUUUGACAAGGCUGCUGGUCUUAAAGUCAUGGACUUUGCAAAGCGUCUCCAGGACUAUGGUUUCCAUCCACCUACAUGCUCGUGGCCCAUAUCCACAUGUAUGCUCAUUGAACCCACUGAAUCGGAGACACUUGAGGAGAUAGACAGGUUCUGCGAUGCUAUGAUUCAAAUUCGUCGAGAGGUUGAAGAGAUUAUUUCUGGAAAGCAACCUCGGGACAACAAUCUUUUGAAGAAUGCCCCACACCCGCCGUCAGCGAUCAUUGUCUCCGAUAAGGAGUGGAAUCGUCCGUAUACUAGGGAGCAGGCUGUUUAUCCCAUGCCAUGGCUGCGGGAGAAGAAGUUCUGGCCCAGUGUCGGUCGCAUAGAUGAUACUUAUGGUGACCUUAACCUUAUUUGUGACUGUCCAUCAGUGGAGGAAUUAGCUUCGUCUUGAUUCAUUUUACCGGGUUUUAAAGUAGACUUUGAGGUGAUCAUAGCGGUUUUUAGGCUCUAGGACACCUGUAGAAUGCGUAAUGUUCAACCACCACGCACUGUAUGUUUAUACCACAG